UGGCACGCUUUGAUCUAAGGCGACGGCCCGUAUAAGUCCUCAGUUUCUAAUAUCGGUAUCACCUUCAUUCGGGUUAGAUCCCACCGAACCCUGUUUAUAGCCACUGAGAGAGGCCUAUAUCACCUUGAAUUAACUGGGUCCACUUAGUAUAAAAUAUCAAGGGAUACUUUCCCCAUGAAAACUGACAUAAUUACCCUCAAAGGUAACAACUGUCUUAGUCGUCUCUAUUCUGUCAAGCCUGGGCAGGAUGUUGGCUUCUCUCUUCCUUACUUUCUCAUCGCUUACUGCGGUGCAGGCUGCACUCAAGUAUAAGGGAGUUGACUGGUCUUCGGUCAUAGUCGAGGAGAAAGCUGGGAUAUCCUAUACUACUACAAGCGGGAGUACGGAGCCUCUCGAAAAGAUCCUCAAGGAAUCUGGUGUCAAUACAGUACGGCAAAGAGUCUGGGUCAAUCCUCGAGAUGGAAACUACAACUUAGACUACAAUAUAAAACUGGCACAGCGGGCAAAAGCCGUUGGACUAGAUGUUUACGUGGAUUUUCAUUAUAGUGACACAUGGGCUGAUCCAGGACACCAAGCAAUUCCUUCGGGAUGGCCCACCGGCAUUGACGAUCUCUCCUGGAAACUAUAUAACUACACACUGGAUUCGUCAAACAAAUUUGCGGCUGCAGGCAUCUCGCCCACUAUCAUCUCAAUCGGAAAUGAGAUCAGAUCAGGCCUCUUACUCCCAACAGGUUCUACCAAGGACUUUAACAACGUUGCUAGGCUACUGCAUUCGGCAGCUUGGGGAAUCAAGGAUAGCAAUCUAUCCCCCAAACCUCGCAUCAUGAUUCAUCUCGAUAACGGGUGGGAUUGGAAUACUCAGAAGAAUUGGUACGAAUCUGUUUUGAAAACAGGGUCAUUGGAGUCGUCAGACUUCGACAUGAUGGGCGUUUCCUAUUAUCCGUUCUACAACUCAGCUGCAACACUUUCGAACCUAAAGACGAGUCUUACGAACAUGGCAAAUACGUGGGGCAAGGAAAUUGUCGUGGCUGAGGUCAACUGGCCUACCUCUUGCAGGUCUCCAGCCUACUCAUUCCCGAGCGACCUUAAGAGCAUCCCUUUUUCAGCGGACGGCCAGACUACAUUCAUGAAGAAGGUUGCAGAGGUAGUGGCCGGGGUUAAGAACGGUAAUGGUAUCUUUUAUUGGGAACCAGCCUGGAUGGAUAAUGCAGGACUCGGAUCUUCGUGCGAAUCCAACACUAUGUUCUCGUGGCCUGGUAAGGAGCUGGGUAGCUUGGAUGUCUUUUUGUCACUCUAGAGAAAAUCAGUUGCCAAGAAACUGAUAGUGUUAGCACCUUAUGGGCGUUUCUCUACUACGAGUGAAACGGAAGCGCAUGACUUAGGUCAUUGUAAUGAUACACGCGAUUCUUUAUUACUUCUCCCCGUGCCUUUAUGGAGUGAUUCGAUGUUUCGUCAAGGUA